CCUCUCUAGUCGGUUGUUUCGAGCCGUGAACUUUACCCCACUCCAGCUCUUCCCUUGUUUCCGCUUCAAAAAAGGACCAUUGCCUUCCUCUCGCUCGUAUGCGACGCAUUCUGUCGCCUGCGCACCCAUUCAGUCAACCUCAAAGCAAUACCCACAACAGCAGCAAUACUAAGUCCAGCACUCAUUCCACGCCGCACCAGCACCAGCACCAGCAGCAACAGCAGCAGGCAAUGCCGUCCAACCAUGGCUCCUCUCAGAACCUUCACCAGCUGCAGCAGAGCGUUAUAGGAAGUAGCAGUAGCAGUGCAUACAACUUUCAGCCCCAUACUGGAAGUAUCAACACAUCGAUCGUCCCCCGACCCACUCAAGGCGACCGCAUGACAUGCAUCGUUAAUGCCUCUAUCACCUGCAUAAGCUCUGGUCCUAGCGUAGCUAGCUCCCGCCAGGACAGCUUCACCGCCAAGCGAGGGCUUCAGGAAUCAUUUUACGGUAUCAGUAAUGGCAGCAGCACCUCAGCUUCAGGACCUUCUUCCAAAUUCAGAGCAGGCCGUCGGGAAGAUACAGAGCGAGAUAAGGGCCAGGACCGCCUGUGGCUUUAUGUUUUCGGAGGGUUCCAUCAAUAUACAGACGCGGUCAACAAUGAUCUCUACCGGCUCGAUGUCGAUACAAUGGCCUGGGAAAAACUGAUCUACACCAAGGGCGAACCGCCCUCGAAACGUAACGACCACUCGGCCAGUCUUUGGGGCGACGAUCGCGUAGUCAUCUUUGGCGGAAGCGACGAGCGGAACCAGUACUGCAACGAUGUUCAUGUCCUUCAUGUGCGGACCCUGACCUGGGAGACGCCCGAUGUGAGUGGUAUCAUUCCGACAGGGAGGGUGAAGCAUGCAGCCACGAUUGUAGACGACAAAUUGUACGUUUCUGGUGGCUGCCUUGAGCAGGAGGCUGUCUCGCAGGAGCUGCUCUGCCUGAACUUGAUAACCUGGGAGUGGGAGGAAUCUAUUGAAUUCGUGCCCCGGUACACGCACACGCUGUUUAUAUAUCGCGACAAGCUGUUUGCCUACGGCGGCUAUAACGAGGAGAUGGAUCGUACAGGGGUGAUCGCCUACAUGGACAUGGACUCAUACCAAGUCACAAAAAUCAAUGUGUCGAACGAUAUUGCGCCCAACGUCGCUGCACAGCAAUUCUCACAGGUCUGUGGACAUCACCUUGUCGUGGUCAUUUCCCAAGGUGUCCGCUACGAGCUGCAAAAGUUUACGGGUGGUAUCUGGACCCUCGACCUAGAUUGUUUCCAGUGGAUAAAGCACGACGACUGGAAGGUCCUGGGCGAAGACUGCACAUGGCACUAUUUUUCUAUGGAGAGGGACGGUGAACAAUUCCAUUUGAUCGGUGACGUCCACGAGUCGGACGAGUACUUCAAACAGCUGCUCACGAUCGACUUACGAGAGUACGGGACCUUCCAGGAGCCACCCGUGACGAUAGGAUAUGAGCUUGGAAGAUUGCUGCAGGAUCAGAUGUCGCUGGCCGAUUUUCAAAUUCUGUGCACAGGAGUGGACGCUCAGGCUACUUCAUUGCAGGGGAUGGCACCUUUCAGCGGAUAUUAUGCGCCUUCGGACAGUAGUGGUGAUCACGAUAUGAUGAUCGACAGUCAUCCGAUGAUCAUGAGCCGGAGGAUCCGAUCACAGCGACAGACACCGUCCUCCAGCCGCGCUCACAGUCCUCAACAAGAUCCUAUCUUGUGUCACAAGUUGAUCCUAAUGGCGCGGUGGCCACAUUUCGCCAACAUGGUUCAGUCUGGAAUGCUCGAAGCCCAAACGAACACCCUUACGGUGCCCGAGUCAUACGAGACCGUCAAGGCGUUUGUCGAUUACUUGUACACGGACACAAUUGAGGGGAUGUUAACGGAUACAAUUGCAGAUCUGCUUGUCAUGGGUAGCAUGUAUGUGAUGCAGAGACUGGUCCAGCUCUGCAGCUCGGUGCUCCACCAGCAGAUCGAUAUUGAAACUGUCGCAAGGAUUUACCAUAGCGCAGGGCUGAGUGGACAAACUGGCCUGCGCCACAGGGCGCUCAAGUUCAUGUUCAGGAAUUAUGGUCCGGUCAGCAAGACUGUAGGUUUCCGAUCACUGCCCAAGGAAGCACUCUUUGAUUUCUGGGACUCGACGCCUGAAGGUGCCGUCAUCAAUAUCGCGGUCUGAUUUUGAUUUUGCUUUCGCUACACGAUUUUUGUUCUAUAAUCUCUUUUUGCUGAUCGCGCAAAACUGUUCAUAUUUAAAGUUUUUUUUUUUUUUUUUUUUUUU